GAGAGAGAGAAGGACAGUUAUUUCCACAGCUGAAUGCAGUGGGUCAGUGGUGCUUUCUGGUGGGAGGCUAGACGGAGGGGAGUAACAGUGCGAGGAAAGCCCAUCGGGGAAGCUUACACAGGGACUACUGUAGCCGAGGAGGAGGGCAGACAUGGACGCCCUAGCACUAGAGGCUGCCGGCCCCAAAAAAGCAGCCAACAGCGCGGCGACGGGCCCCACAGCACCUGUCAAGCGUAAGCCUGUGAAGAAACCUAAGAAAGCUGUUGUUUUCUUUGAGGUGGAGAUACUGGACGCCAAGACCAAGGGGAAGCUCUGCUUCCUGGACAAGGUUGAGCCAAAUGCCACCAUCGGGGAGAUUAAGUCCAUGUUCCACAAGAGCCAUCCAAAGUGGUACCCCACCAGGCAGUCCAUCCGUCUCGACGCCAAGGGGAAAUCUCUGAAGGAUGAGGAUGUUCUUCAGCAUCUCCCUGUGGGAACGACUGCAACCCUCUACUUCAGGGAUCUGGGAGCUCAGAUCAGCUGGGUCACAGUGUUCCUCACGGAGUACGCCGGCCCGCUGCUCCUCUAUCUGAUGUUUUAUUUCCGGGUUCCCUUCAUCUAUGCACCCAAAUACGACUUCACCACCAGUAAACACUGGGUCGUACACCUUGCCUGCAUGUGUCACUCGUUCCACUACAUGAAGAGGCUGCUGGAGACGCUGUUCGUCCACCGCUUCUCUCACGGCACCAUGCCACUGCGCAACAUCUUUAAGAACUGCACCUACUACUGGGGCUUCGCUGCCUGGAUGGCGUAUUAUAUAAACCACCCUCUGUACACACCACCCAUAUACGGCGAGCAGCAAAUCCGGCUAGCCCUCGUCAUGUUCCUGUUCUGUCAGAUCGGUAAUUUCUCCAUCCACGUCGCUCUCCGGAACCUCCGCCCCCCAGGCUCCAAAACCAGGAAGAUUCCUUACCCGACGAAGAACCCCUUCACAUGGAUCUUCCUCCUCGUAUCCUGCCCCAACUACACCUAUGAGCUUGGCUCAUGGCUGGGCUUCACGUUGAUGACGCAGUGUCUGCCGGUGGCCUUCUUCACCGUGGUUGGCUUCUUCCAGAUGACUGUGUGGGCCAAAGGGAAGCACCGCAGCUACCUUAAAGAGUUCCGCGACUACCCACCUCUCCGCUCUCCCAUCCUGCCUUUCGUUCUGUAGAGCAUUACAGAGCUCUAGCAGUACAUUACAUUACCCCCCCCCCUCCCCCAACCAAACCAUCUCCUCCCCCUUUUUAUAAAAGCAAAGAACAUGUUUCCAUAAAAUUCCCUUUCCUUUUGGGAAUUCUGUUACCUUUUCCUUUCCAGCUAAACAAAGUAACAUCCAUUCUUAUUCAUGUUUCUAAUCUUUCCUUUUUGACUGUUUUUUGACACCCAAUUGAAUCAGGUUGGUUAACUGGGGUCAACAGAUACCAACACAUUAUUUGGAAUCUUAUUAAACAAUUGACAGAAAUUUUGUAAAACCAUUAGUUUGAAUUAAUUGUAACUCUGGAUUUUCAUUUAGCUUAAUAUGUAAUAUUAUAGAACCUUAAAUUCAUCCUGUUUUAGCAUUGAUAUAUUUAAGAUAUCAGCUUCAUGCUUGUAAUUUGGUUUUGUUUGUCAAGGUUUAAUUUAUUAAAGUCUUUAACAAAAUGUUGCCCAUCUUUGUUGAACUUCAAGACAAUUUAACUACCAAUUAAAAACCAAUUCUAUUCGAUUCUUCAAAUCCGGUGCAGAUAUUGAACAUACAAGCCAAUUUUGGCAUGUUGUGUUCUGAUUGCACAUACUUGAUUGUCCAGCUAUCUUUGAUCAAGAAACCAACUAACAGCUACUCAAGUUUCCUUCACGUGCAUAUCAAUUUAUUGAAUUCAGUUAUACGGCUAAAAAACGGAUUUGCUUGCAUAUAUUGGGUUAUAUCAUACACUGUAUGGUUAUGCUAUUGUGACCAUUUGUCAUUAAAGUAGUUAUUAGUUAACCUUUUGUAAUUCAAGUACGGCCUACUAUAGUGGACGUCAAUGAAGAUGAACUGAGACUUGGUUCAGCUCAAAUAUGGCUGUUUAUUGUGGUCAGAAGCAGGUAUAUACACAGAAAAUCAAGGGUAAGUUGUGAUUCUAAUCACGCAGCCUCAGCUUGGCCCUCGAUCCUCUUCUUCCUCAGCUGGAGUCUCCGCUCUCUCUCGUACUCCUUCAUACGCAUGACAUAGCUGUGGGGGAGAGGGGAAUCAAUGUGGGCAGACAAGUGUUGGAUUACUUCAGGCUAGGCCACAGUUAAGACACUGUAUGGAAGUAUUGGUUACAUUUCUGAUUAUUUUUCACGUCAUGCAUGUCAUAAUGAGUAAGGUGAUCUCUGGCUAGUGUGGAAACUUCCACUAUACAAUACUCAAUUAGAAGUUUAAAUAUUGACCAACAAAUAUGAACUCGGAGUGGGUCUCAGUUGUGUAUUUUAGCUACACUUUGAAUUAGUUAAAGAUCAUAGGGCAAGGAUUCACGCCAUUAAUAUUUUAUUUUCUUCAUAGAAAUAAAUAACUGACAAGGUUGGUUUACAGAAUUGCUUUUUCAUGUCAACCGACAUAUUCUUGGUUUUGUUUACAACUCACAUUUACCAAUGUUUUCAGAUAAAUCCUUGAAUAUUUCCCAUCCUCAUAUUCAUAUGCAUCCCGUUUGAUAUUUUAGAAUGCAACAAGUAGAAUACAAAAUAUUUACUGUAUUAAAAAUAUCAUGGCGUGCCACUAGAACAUGUGUCACUUCGACCCAUCUUUUCCAAUCUCACUUACUCCUCGUGCUGGCAGUAGUCCCAGUCAUGUUUUUCGUGGCUGCAAGCGAGCAGGUUGGGCCAGUUAUCCCUCUUGCACUUCAUGACUUUGAGGAGAUAGUGAGCACAGUAGUCCCUCUGCUCCAACGGUAGACGGGCCAAGUUCAUUUGUUCCUGGGUCGCUACCAUCUCUGGUGAAGUGGUACAACAUGACACGAUUCAACACAAACAGGUGUAUACGAAGAGUGCUUUUAAACGAAUUGUUUGAUAGUUAAUAUACGUUUUGGGACACUAAAGGAUGGGUGACAACAUUCAGAGAAGACGGUGUUAGCAAGAGGGUCAUAGCAAUGGGUGGAUUGUAUUAGUGAGACGGGGUCAUUGAUGCUUUAGCCAAAAAAUAUGGAUAUUUUUUGAAGCCAUUUUCACACAGUACACAGAGCAGAUAUGAUAGAUAUUUGCAUCAAAACAAAACACAGACCUCGUUCCUUUCUUUCGGGAAAGCCAUAAAGGGGAUCGAAGUCGUAUUUCUUCGCUGGGUCUGGCUCGGUAUCCCUUUCGGUGAUAUACCGUCUCGAAAGGUGAGCCCCCAUGUUUUAGUGUCUUGGCAGUGCAGAACACCAGAACUAAUAACGCAGGAGUCAGCGGUUACCC